AAAUCAUUGUAAGGACUAAAUUGGACAUUUCUAAACUAUAGGAACCAAAUGGAAUGUUAGGUAAGAGUAUAGGGAUGUCUGCUGCCAGUGAUCCUUUCCUCGGGGAAGACCGAGAAUGGAACACUGAAAUUGAUUUCGAGAAGCAAGCAGAUUCAGCAGAAGGAGAUAGCAAGAAAAUGGUACUCAAAAGCAACGCCAUAGCUAACAAUCCCAUCAAAAAUUUUCUGUUCCUCACUUCUAUUCUCAUUUCCCUCCUCUCCCUCCUCUUCCUUGUCUUUUUCUACACCAGUUCCACCGCUACCGAGAACCAGUUAAGUUCCAUCCAAGCUGAGAGUCUAUACCAUCCAAACUCCCUUAAAGUCUACGUGGCUGACCUUCCCAGAUCCCUCAACUAUGGCCUCCUCGAGAAAUACUGGUCCUCCGGCCACCCCGAUUCCCGCAUCCCGUCUGACCCCGACCAUCAGAUCCCAAGCUCCCACUUGCCCAAACCUACCAAAUGCCCUCCAUAUCCGGAGAACCCAUUGAUCAAACAAUAUAGCGCGGAGUACUGGAUCUUGGGGGACUUGGAGACCCCUGAGGAGAUGAGAACUGGGUCUUUUGCAAAAAGGGUUUUUGAUGUUGAGGAGGCUGAUGUCGUCUUCGUGCCAUUUUUUGCGACGUUGAGUGCGGAGAUGCAGCUGGGAUUGGGAAACGGGGCAUUCAGGAAAAAAGUGGGGAACGAGGACUAUCUAAGGCAGAAGGAGGUUGUGGAUUUUGUGAGGAAUACUGAUGCGUGGAAGCGGUCUGGAGGACGAGAUCAUGUUUUUGUUCUUACUGACCCAGUUGCAAUGUGGCAUGUUAGAGUGGAGAUAGCCCCGGCUGUUCUAUUGGUUGUGGAUUUUGGUGGGUGGUAUAAACUUGAUUUAAAAUCAUCAAAUGGGAGCACAUCAGAUUUGAUGAUGCACCAUACUCAAGUUUCACUGCUUAAAGACGUGAUCGUACCAUACACUCAUUUGCUUCCUAGGUUGCAGUUGUCAGAUAACCAGGAGCGCCACACCCUUCUUUACUUUAAAGGAGCCAAACAUAGGCAUCGGGGGGGCCUAGUUCGAGAGAAAUUAUGGGAUUUGUUGGUCGGUGAACCAGGAAUCGUUAUGGAAGAAGGUUUCCCCAAUGCCACAGGAAGAAAGCAGUCAAUUAAAGGGAUGAGAACGUCGGAGUUCUGUUUGCACCCUGCUGGUGACACGCCUACUUCAUGCCGACUCUUUGAUGCCAUCCAAAGUCUUUGUAUACCUGUGAUUGUCAGCGACAAUAUUGAGCUCCCUUUUGAAGGGAUGAUUGAUUAUUCAGAAUUUUCAGUUUUUGUGGCAAUCAGUGAUGCACUGACCCCAAAUUGGCUUGUAACACACCUCAGAAGCAUUCCUUCAAGGCAGAGGGAUGAAUUCCGUCGAAACAUGGCUAAGGUUCAGCCAAUUUUUGAGUACGAAAGCGGCCAUCCAGACGGUGUUGGGCCAAUCCCCCCGGACGGUGCAGUAAACCACAUAUGGAAGAAGGUUCAACAGAAAUUGCCUGCAAUUAAGGAAGCCAUUAUUCGGAACAAGAGAAAACCAGCAGGUGUGUCCAUCCCUCUACGUUGUCAUUGUACCUGAAUGUACAAAACCUUUUUUUUCUUUAUUCAAUUUUUUUUCCUUUAUCAUUAUUUUUUGUAACGUGUUAGUUUUUAACAUGAAGAAAAUAUCAUAUACACCAUAGAUUGUAGAAGAAUGAACGUUCUGCUUAAAU